AACGCAAUAAUAUUGUACAAGAAUACGAUAUUAGUUUUAUAAAUAAAUCCGUGAAAAAAAAUUAUAUUUAAAUAAUGCCGGACACUGUGGUUACCGUUCAAAAUCCCGAUUCCAAACCUGGUAAACCUGGAGUGGAAAAUGGAAACAUCAAUAACAUUUUCUCUUGGGUUGAAAUCAACUACAAGUAUUUCAAAACCUUGCCGGGGAUAUUGAAAUUGGCGCAGUUGAUACUCGGCAUAAUAUGUUUGGCACUUGCCUCGCCGGCCAGGUUACCGGGCACCAAUUGGUUCCUAUUCGUGGUCAUCAUCAGUUUCAUAGCGACGGCCAUCUGGUCUUUCGUCUAUCUACUCUCCAUCCGGGAGGCUAUCAAUUUCCCAAUCAAUUGGGUUCUCACGGAAUUCUUCAACACGCUCUUAUUGACCGUCCUAUACACGGUCGCAUUCAUCGUACAAAUUGCAGCCUGGUCCAGGCCGUAUCACUCUUAUUACAAGAACCCAAAUAUAGCUGCAGGGGUGUUCGGAAUUAUCAACGCGGCUGUGUACGGAACUGGAGUGUAUCUGAUAUUCAGCGAUUGGAAAAAGUCGAAAACUGCAUCAACUGUUCAACAGCAAUAAUAUUCGCCAGACAGAAAAACAAGCCUACAACUUAUAUUAAUAAAUUUGUCCACACAUACGAUAUAAUAUUACUUGUUAGUUAUUAUUAAUACAUUAUUUAUUUUAAUAUGGAACCAAAAUGUUCUAUUAGGUAGGUAAUAAAUGGUGAAAUAUAUCAUUGUAGACCGAAUCGUAAAUAUAAGUAUCAUAUUACAUUAUUCAACAUACAAAUAGGACAUAGGUAAAUAUUUUAACAAUAAGUGCUACUAGCCAAUACGAUAUUUAAGAAAUGUUCUCGUGAAGUCUCAAAACAUAACAUGGGUUUCUCGGAGUAUGAACAACACUAACCGUAUCGUAAAAAUGCAUGCACAAGAUUUUACCCAUUAUUACAUUAUGGUAAGCGUGAAAAUACUGAAAAUAUAGUAUUAAAGAUUAUCUCGCUUUUUUCAACUGGUCUUUUUGCACCUAUUCGAAUAUUUAUAGUUCGGUCUUCGCGGCUCGUUUGUGUACUUGCACUUUACACUUGAGCAAUCAUAAGCAUAUAGAGUAUAGACAUAUUAUAGUAUUAUGCUGGCUUAUAUACUUUCACAACAGAUAUUAAUGAACUAAAAUAUUUAUAGGUGUAAUAUAACAUAAUACCUUAUUUUAUGUGUAUUUUAAAUAUCUCCUAACUGUAAACCCAACAGUGCCGGUUGGUACCUAACUGCAUGUGUUUCAAACGCACUGUAGACAUUUACAUUUCAUUCUAAACCAAUACCUAAUUAUUAUGUAAAUUAUAUAUAUUAUUAUCAACGAUGAUUACAUAUAGGUUAUGAUAUGUUUAACCGUUAUACGCAAAGUCCGAUUGAAAAUUGUAAAAAAAGUAUCGGAAUUAAAAACGUCCGAUCGUCGUUUAAAUUAUUAAGUUUUUUUUUUAGAUAGUAAAGCACAAUUUAUAAUAUCAAAUAUGUAAUGAAUAUUGAUACAGUUGUUUCGUUAAGUUUAUGAUGUGAAUA